CGAACCUGCUGCUUUGAAUCGACCGAAAGUCAUAACAACCAUAAAAACACUCUCUCGCAGUCAGUGUUGUUUUUCUCCAAUUUUCCUUCACGAUGGCUAGCAGCAGUGUGCCACUGUUGCGAAAUUCGCUGCAAAAAGGAAAAUACGUUACACCGUUGUGGAUCCCUCAGCAAUGCAAACACAGUGCGGCAAGUGCCACCAACCAGUUGGAGAAGAUACGCGAGCGGCUCGAAAGUGGUCCAAACUUUCAGGACUUUGUGCAGCAUCCGGACUACAACAAGGAGGAUUGGUCCGCGUACGAAGGGAAGCUGCGGCGCGAGAAGGGUGAAAAUGAUCGGCUGCGUUUGCCGCCCUGGCUGAAGACAAAGAUUCCGAUGGGUAAAAACUUUACCCGCAUCAAGGAACAGUUGCGCGAGCUCAAGCUGGCAACGGUGUGCGAGGAAGCAAAGUGUCCGAACAUUGGCGAAUGUUGGGGAGGUGGCGAGCAUGGCACACAGACGGCCACUAUAAUGUUGAUGGGUGACACCUGCACACGAGGAUGUCGAUUUUGCAGUGUAAAGACGGCACGCGCACCACCGCCCCUGGAUCCGGCCGAACCGCUAAAUACGGCCACGGCCAUAGCAUCGUGGGGAUUGGAUUAUAUUGUGCUUACAUCCGUCGAUCGGGACGAUUUGCCCGACGGCGGAUCUAGGCAUAUUGCUGCAACGAUUAAGGAAAUCAAGAAGCAGAAUCCACGUAUCUUCGUCGAAUGCCUGGCACCGGACUUUCGAGGUGACCUGGAGUGCAUCGAAACGGUCGCCAUGUCGGGAUUGGAUGUGUACGCGCACAACAUCGAAACGGUGGAAGCCCUCACACCGUUUGUCCGCGAUCGUCGGGCCCGCUACCGCCAGAGUCUGGAGUGUCUGGCGAGUGUGAAGCGCUUCAACCCGAAUCUCAUGACCAAAUCCUCCAUUAUGCUUGGGCUGGGCGAAACGGACGAGCAAGUGGAACAAACACUCAUCGAUCUUCGCUCGGUCGGUGUCGAUUGUCUUACGCUGGGACAGUACAUGCAGCCCACCAAGCGCCAUCUGAAGGUGAUCGAGUACGUGACGCCAGAAAAGUUUAAGCACUGGGAGGAGCGUGGCAACGAGCUUGGCUUCCUGUACACAGCCAGCGGUCCACUGGUACGCAGUUCCUACAAGGCGGGCGAAUUCUUCAUCACCAGCAUACUGCGUAACCGAGCCACGGAAGAGGCCGCCAAAAAGGCAAAGGAUGGCACAGACGCGACAAAGAAUGUGUAAUGCUCGGGAAGGCGCAAUGCGUUCAGGCAAAUUGUUAUAUUUUUGAUUGACCAUAGGUGCAAUAAAUGUUACAUUCGCUUCCUAACGAAGA